GUUGUGAAUCAUCUUACUUUCUAUCAAAUGGAUUUUGUUCACGAUGCUUAGGAAAUUGUGAAAGCUGUAACAGCUACGAUGAUUGUACUUUAUGUAAGCCAAACAUGUUUGGUUUGCAUGCAAGAUGCACUUUCAACUGUGAAGGUAAUUGUCUUAAUAAUGAAUGUGCUGAUGAUACUGGCUAUUGUACUGAAUGUAAGCUUGGUUUAUAUGGUUUGCAAUGCGGACACAACUGCAGUUUAUGUAAAAAUGAGCAUUGUGACUUACGUACCUGCUCGAGUGGUUGUAGAGCUGGUUAUUAUGAGUAUAAAACCGGUCCCGAAUCAAUAUGCCAAAACUGUCUGUCAAAUUGUAAACAUUGUAUGGAUGGGAAAACGUGUAAUAUUUGCAAUAAUGGUUUUCACCUCUAUAAGUUUAAUGAAAAUGUUUACUGUGUGCUAUGUUCGGAAGAAUCGCAAUGUCCGGACUGUGUUAUUCAAGGCUGUAACCAGUGUCAAAUACACAACGAUUCGUUAGUCUGCGCUGAUUGUCUAGAAGGACAAAUAUUCAAUGGUACAACAUGCGUAUCACACACAUCAUUGUGCUCAAAAAAAUGUUCUACGUAUUGUGAUAGUACUGGAAUAUGUCAAGGAGAAUGUAUUGAGGGCUGGUUUGGUGAAAAAUGUUCCGAAACAUGUAACAGUAAGUGUUUAAAGUGCUCAAAAGAUAACGGAAAUAGCUGUCUACUGUGUAAAGGUGAUUAUUACUCAACCGAUUGCAGUUUAGCCUGCAACCCGGCAUGCUUAAUAAAAAGUGGUAAACAGACAUGUGAACAUGCAGAGGGAUUUUGUUUAAACGGAUGUAAACAAACCUAUUGGGGUGACCUCUGUGAUAAACCCUGUCCUGACGGAUGUAAAGAUCUUAAAUGUGAUAGAAACAAUGGUACAUGCACGGACGGAUGUAAUGAUGGCCUGACCGGAGACGGAUGUUCUAAAACAUCCACAAUCGCUAUACAAGAAACAUCAUUGACGACAACAACUUCAGCCAAAAUUGUAACACAACAGCAAGCAUUUGUGCAACGUGACGAUAAAGCUAGUAUAUUUACGAUUGGUUAUUUCUCUGGAUUCGGAUCGUGUGCUGCAAUAGUAGUAUUUACUGUAUUGUUUAAGCUAAUUAGACGAAGGUUUAUUGCGGGUAAGACGUCCCAAGAUAACAAACCUAACGUUGAGAUUCCAACAUAUUAUAACACUAGAACUGAUUUCAGAGCUGUAAAUACUGAGUCAGCUGAAGUGACUAAUAAUUACGAGAGUUUGGGUAAUAACAGGACAACGGAUAAUGUAUACAAUGAUCUAGGAACAACAUUGUCAUAGACGUAACAGAAAUGAGUUUUAGUGAAAACAACAGAAUGAAUUGUUAUAGUUAGACUGAUUUUGUGGUUUCUUGGGUCGUUGAUGCAUAUUAUUACCAUCCUAAAUGCUUAUAUAAUCAUUUCGAAAACGGCUUAUAUUCAGAAUAAGCUAGUUGUAUUAGGGAAUGAAACUCUUUUUCCUUCCAGCAAUAUUUUAACAUGUGAAAUAUGACUGUGUUUUUCAAAAAUGAUUGUACAUUGUUCUUCUUUAUAAACGUUUUUUUCCCGAAUAUUUAAGUCAUGUAUUUGCAAUAUGUAAUAAGUACACCUCUUAGCACCGGCUUAAGCAGAAUUUAACAUUUAAACAUGAACAUGGUGAAACUUUGAAUUUAGAAACAUCCGCAGAUGUGUUCACAUGGCGGUUAUCAUGGAACAUUUAAUGUAACACGUUAAUGCCAUUCGAUAUUUGCCAUCCAUAAUGUUCAGUAAGGGACAAUAAAAGAACAUGUUGACAUGCAGAUGGAUAGUCCUAAAAUGAGUGUAUGCAAAGCUCUUGGGGCGAAACCUGAAAUAUGUCAGAUAUGUGCCAUGUAAACACGUACUGAAGGAUACAUAGAUGGAUAUCUGGUAGAUAUAUAUUUUCGAGAUAGUACAGGGGUUCGAGUAUGUAUAUAUCUGUUUGUAUAAACAAGUACAUUUUAUGGAUAUAAUAAUAUUUGUACAAAGAAACAUUUUUAGAUAAAGUAUUGAUACAAAAAGUCCAUAGAUUUAGAUAAUUAUAGGACCUGAUAAGCAUUAAGAAGAAAUACUAAAAAAAUUGUCAAUAAAAAUACAAUGCCACAGAGUACACAAGUUUUUAAACCCUAACUUGAUACAAAUACUUUCCUGAAUUUCUGAAAAGUAUAAAUAAUAUUAAUAAUCCGAAAUAUCAUGAAACAUUUUUCAUUAGGCUCUUCAGUUCUUGCAUGUACCUUCACGUGGUAUCAAAUAUUUAUGCAGGUAAAUUUACUGAAGUUAUAACCACAUCUACGUCACACAUAACUUACCAGAACCUCUGUAUCCUUUUACUGACAUUAUGCUUAUAUUUUCUUUUCUUUUUCAUUUCCUCCAUUUUAAUGAGAUACUUUUAAGUCUUUUUGUUAAGUCAUUUUAAAGCAGCAUUAAUUACAUUUCUUACUAUACAUAAAUUGUUUAUUUUCAGAAUUCAUUGCUUCAUUGAAUUGUGCAAGUGUUUCUUUACAGCUUUCUUUUUAACU